CGCAUCCACGCCGCCCUUCCACAGCGAGGCCCGAUGACCCUUACGGGGCUACCGUACUGCGACUCCCUCAGAAUUUACUGAGCACCUGGACAUGGUCUCCCCUCCGCUGCAUAUUUUGUUCUCAAAGACAGAAUGGUCAAGAGUUUGUGAACUCGGCACACCCAUUUGUGAGCUAGUUCUCGUUCUGGUGUUGGUGCAGCUGUAGAAAGUUGGUGCUGUGAAGGACGUUGCUCCCCACCCCGUCAUUGUGCAGAGGCGAAAACACCCUAAGAGGAAUAUGGCAGAAACAUCAUCAGAGCCACCUGGGCAGCUUGUUGUACAUUCAGACACUCACAGUAACAUGAUCCUGGCCAGUUUUGAGGAUCAGAGGAAGAAAGGCUUUCUCUGUGAUAUUACAUUAAUCGUGGAGAAUGUACAUUUCCGGGCCCACAAAGCCUUACUUGCUGCCAGUAGUGAAUAUUUCUCAAUGAUGUUUGCUGAAGAGCGGGAAAUCGGCCAAUCCAUUUAUAUGCUGGAAGGCAUGGUUGCUGAUACGUUCGGUAUCCUGCUGGAAUUUAUCUACACAGGGUAUCUCCAGGCGAGUGAGAAAUAUACAGAACAAAUCUUGGCUACUGCUCAGUUCUUAAAAGUCUAUGAUCUGGUAAAGGCUUACACAGACUUUCAGAGUAAUCAUAGUUCCCCAGCACCAACGACUUUGAACAAUGCUGGCACUCCAGUGGUGGUUAUUUCUAAUAAGAAAAAUGAUCCUCCAAAGCGGAAACGGGGAAGACCAAGAAAAGUCAACAAUUUGCAGGAGGGGAAAUCAGAGCUGGCUGCAGAAGAAGAAAUACAACUGAGAGAGAACAAUUCAGUUCAGAAUAGACAAAACUUUGUGAUUAAAGAGGGAGACAAUGGCAUAAAUAAUGAACAGCGUCCAGCAAAAGAAAUAGAAGACUCUGAGCCAACUAGAGGGGAGGAGAUGCCUGCUGAAAAAGAUGAGAAUUGUGAUCCCAAGAGCCAGGAUGGGCAGGACAGCCAGAGUCGGCACAGCAAGCGAAGGAUCCGCAGGUCCGUCAAACUUAAAGAUUACAAACUUAUUGGGGAUGAAGAUGACCAGGGUUCGGCUAAGAAGGUCUGUGGAAGGAAAAAGCGCUCCGGUGGCCCUGAGGCCCGUUGUAAAGACUGUGGCAAAGUCUUUAAGUACAAUCACUUUUUAGCUAUCCACCAGAGGAGCCACACGGGGGAGCGGCCUUUCAAAUGUAAUGAGUGUGGAAAAGGCUUUGCCCAGAAGCAUUCCCUGCAGGUCCACACCCGGAUGCAUAGGGGUGAGCGGCCAUAUACCUGCACCGUGUGCAGCAAGGCUCUCACCACCAAGCACUCGCUGCUGGAGCACAUGAGCCUGCACUCAGGACAGAAGUCUUUUACCUGUGAUCAGUGUGGAAAAUAUUUCAGCCAGAAAAGACAAUUGAAGAGCCAUUACCGAGUUCAUACAGGCCACUCAUUACCGGAAUGCAACCACUGCCAUCGCAAAUUCAUGGAUGUGUCUCAGCUAAAGAAACAUCUGCGAACACACACAGGUGAAAAGCCAUUUACUUGUGAAAUUUGUGGCAAAUCUUUCACAGCAAAGAGUUCUCUUCAGACCCACAUCAGAAUCCAUCGAGGAGAAAAGCCAUACUCCUGUGGCAUAUGUGGCAAAUCCUUCUCUGACUCCAGUGCCAAGAGGAGACACUGCAUUCUACACACAGGCAAGAAGCCUUUCUCCUGCCCUGAGUGUAACAUACAGUUUGCUCGCUUAGACAACUUGAAGGCUCACUUGAAAAUCCAUAGCAAAGAAAAACAUGCCCCAGAUGCUAGCAGUGUUUCUGGCAAUAAUACUGAAGAGGUCAGGAAUAUUCUUCAGUUACAGCCAUAUCAACUCUCUACCUCUGGAGAGCCAGAAAUUCAGCUGCUUGUAACGGAUUCUGUACAUAACAUCAAUUUCAUGCCUGGUCCAACCCAAGGAAUCAGCAUUGUCACUGCAGAGAGCUCCCAGAACAUGACUGCAGACCAGGCUGCGAAUCUCACCCUGCUCACACAGCAGCCAGAACAACUGCAGAAUUUAAUUCUUUCAGCCCAACAGGAGCAAACAGAACACAUUCAGAGCCUCAAUAUGAUUGAAAGCCAGAUUGAACCCUCACAAACUGAACCAGUGCAUGUAAUCACACUUUCUAAGGAAACUCUGGAACAUCUUCAUGCCCAUCAGGAGCAGGCAGGGGAGCUCCAUCUAGCAGCAAGUGCAUCAGAUCCAGCUCAGCAUCUGCAGCUGACACAGGAGCCUCCUCCGCAGCCUCCCACCCACCAUGUGCCCCAGCCCAGACCACUUAGCCCAGAGCAGAGCUGACCUGAAAAUAUGUUUGACUGCUCUAUUGGUCUCCUCUCUGUAAACCAGCUAUAACAAGAUUGCGGUUCAGACACUUUCUGAAAUGCUCAUUUGCAGAUGCUUACAGAGAUGUGAUAGCCAAUACUUUAUAAUACCUUCCGUCCAGGCAGCAAGAUGGGUGUGUGAUGUCUUAUGUAUAGUACUGAUUUGGAUUGUGUAUUUUACUAUUGAGGAAUGGUUUCCAUUUUCAUCUAUAUCUUUUAAAAAUGUUGCUAAUAUUUCUUUGAGGGCAUUGAUAUAGACUCUUAGUUCUAAUUAUUAAUUGUUCACAGCCAUAGGUUAUGGUCUUGCCAAACUUUUGAGUUAUCUUUUUCAUUUUUUAGAACGAAGAAUGGUUAGUUCUACUUCUUCAUUUCUCUUAGGCAAUACAAAUUGCCUCAGCCAAGUCAGGGCUGAACACGACGAUUAUAGCUUUGGGGAAUCUGUCCUUUUAAUAACUUCCAAACCCCCAAGAAAAACUAAUUGUCAACAUUUAAUCUUUGUUACAGUAGACUCUUCGUGUCAUGCUUAAAGUAGAUUCAAAAACACUAUAUCCAUUUAACUCAAAAUUUAUAUAGCAAGAAAACCAAAAACAUAAGAUUAUUUUUAAAAUUUUCAACUUUGCUUUUCUGAGAAAUAUAAAUGUAUAAAAUUGGAUCAAGCCAUUCAUCCCAAAUAAAUUCUGGGUUUUGUCAGCAGUUGAUACCGGGUCUUCAUGAUGAAGUAAAAGCUUUCUCAAUUAUUCCAGAAUAUAAAUUUUGUUCAGUGUAAUUUAAGUGUCAAAUAUAUUUUACUGAAUUCUAAUUGAUCUCUGAAAAUGUUGAUUUUUAUUUUAUACCUUAACUUUCUGGAGAGGGGAAGUUACAAUAAUCUAUUUUUGUUGCAAAAUCAGUUAAAUUUCACAAGAUGAACUUAUCAAUUUUAAAUAAUGGUGAAAUAUGAAAUUAUGUUUGGGUUAGGUUUUCAGUUUUAUCAUAUUUUAUUGAAUAUUUUGACUGUGGUCUCCAAAACUGGUACAGGAUCUUUGAGAAAGGAAGAAGGUUAUAAGGAUAUCUAAAUUAGCAUAAUACUCAUGAAGAGUAGGGAAAGUCUACCCUAAAAUUAGUAAGAUCUUUACCAGUCAUUUUUUUAUUUUAGGUAUCUUUAAUUACCAUUUAAAUUAAAGAGCACUUUUUGGAGAUUAGAGAAUUUGUCAGAUUUUAGACAUUCAUACACAUGUAAAUUGUAUAUAAUUCACGAAAUUUCCAAAAUGAUACAUGUCAAGAGGAUUAUAUUAAAUCAGGCCUAACUAGUGCAAAGGUGUAAGUUUUCACAAAUGCACUUAUACCAUAAUUACUAUUUCAGGUUCUUAGUCAUUUAAACUGCUUUAACUUGAUUCUUAAAAUGCAAAGUUUUUAAUAGCUUUUCAAAGCCUACUGGCCCACAUUUUCUCCAGAAGAUACAUCACAAUCAAAGUAAAUGAAUGCUUAACUACUUACUCUGGUUAGCUGGAUAAUUAUUCAGGAAGUAAAUUCAUAUGACUGAAGUCAGGUUUAACUAGCUCAUUGACAGUCUACUUCUUUGCUAAGAAUAUAAUGGGAGCCACAUAAACAAUGUAAAGUUUUCUAGUAACCCCAUUAAAAACAUAAAAAGAGGUGAAAUUAAUUUUAAUGUAAGUAGUUAGUCCAACUUUGCCAAAUAGUAUUAUUUCAAAAUGUAAUAUAAAGAUGUAUUAGUAAGAUAUUUUACAUUCUUUUUUAAUACUCAGUCUUCAAAAUCUAGUGUAUAAUUUAUACUUACUAUACACUCACUUUGCAUGCUGAUAUUCAAUUGAACAUUCUUGAUCUGUAUUUAGAGUUUGUUCAAUACACAGUUGAAAGCCUACACUCAAAUGUUACGUAGUUACAGAUAUAAUUUUUUUUAAAGAUUUAUUUAUUUAUGCAUAUAAGAGCUAGAGUAUAGGCCAGAGGUGUGGGGGUUAAGAGGACUCACCAGAGCGGGUAACAGAACAGGCAGAUUGACUGAAAUACACUGCUGAGGGGAACAGGGGCGAGUCAAGAGAGGUCUGCUGCACCAUGUGGAUUGCUCCCUGGCCGGGGAUCGAGCUCAUACUGCAGGGGCUGCGGACAGCUUCAUAGGUUGCGAGUUAACCCUUUGUACCACCAGGGAGGCCCACAAAUAUAAUUUUUUAAUAACGAAAGUAUCAGUUUUUUAACUUACAUUAAAAUCAAGUAAACUUAAAAUAAAAUGAAGUAAACUGAAAAUCCAGGUCCUUAGUUCAUGAGCCACAUUGUGUGGACUCAGUGGCCCUGUGUGGCUAGUAGCUCUGACUUGUACUGCACAGGUGUAUCUGUCUCUGACUUAAGAGCCAAUCUCAGGCAUAGGAAUGUCUUCUGACAGUGUUUUAGGUUAUUUCACUGUCACAGGGCAAUCAGGAAAUGAUAGUUUUAUAAAACUCACCUUCUGUAUCCCAAAUACACAUUUUUGUCUGUUUGAAUGAAAUCCCCAGUUUUAAAGUUCAGUUAACCCUCCCCACCCCAAAAAAAUGUUAUGUACAUCAAAAUGUUCUGUUGGGUCUUUGAGAUAUUACUGGGGCAAUAUUUCACAACUUACUUUGAAUUAAAUAUGUGCAGUUUCUAAAACUUAAGUGCAGAAAUUGCACUUGGUUCUUGUGUUAUAAAUAUUGUAACUGGUUAAAUAACGCUAAGUAAUACAAUGAGAGUCUCACUGUAAAUGCUUAUAUCUAGAGUUUCUGUAAUUGGAGUAAUAAUAUUGAGUCUGUAGUACAGGCCAGGAGUGAAGCCAGGUGCAAUUAGAUCUUUAUCUUAGCAUUUCUUAAUUUUCAUGUCACAAAAAGUAGGAUUUGCAUAGCACUCUGCAGUUAGAGGACUCCUAUGCCCUUUGGACUUGACAUGGCCCCUGUGGCACACCUUAACAACUUCUACAAACUUGAUGACUUAAGCAAAUUUUGUCACAGUUCUGAACAAUGCAAGUCCAACAUCAAGAUGUUGGCAGGGUUGGUUUACUCUGGCCUCCUGGCCAUCUUUCCAUCCCUGUAUCUUCAUAUAGUCUUCCCUCUGUUUGUUCAGUCUCCUUAUAAGGACACUAGUCAUUGGAUUAAGUCCCAGCCUGAUGAUCAUACUUUUAACUUCAUUACCUAACUCCAAAUGCAGUUGCAUUCUGAGGUACUGGGGUUUAAGGGGUGGUAGGGAUGGAGACACAAUUUAGCCCAUUACAACUGGCACCUGGAAUAAGGCAGGAAGCUGUGUCUAGGGCACACCUAUUACCCAUUUGAAGCACAAAUUUAUUUUACUUAAUCUUCAUGGCAUCCCUAUGAGGUAAGUAUCAUUAUGCCUAUUUUACAUUAUGCCUAUUUUACAGAUGAGAACACAGUGGCGCAAACAUUACAUGUUAAAUGGUAGAACUGGAGCACAGGGCUGACUGAUUCUACGCUGCUACUUCCACCAGGUGGAUGACUUAUCAGCAGGUGUGGAACUUUGAGCUGGAUUUUCUUUAUGUAUGAUCUGCUUAAUGUAAUAGAACCUUUUUGACUGAAAUUGAGAGUCCAUGUCUGGAAUUUUUAUCAUAUAAUCAAACUUUUGACAUAAAAUUAUAGUGAAAGAGUUGUUUAUAGAAACACAAAAACUAUCAAUAUUCAUAUUAGUAUUUAUUAUUGAUUUGAAGCUUUAUCAAAAUUUACCAGUUGGAUAAAAGUUAUUACUCAAGAGAAAAUGCCUUAACUAACAUGAACCUCUAAACCCUUCUUUUUCAAACUUCUGACUAGGAAUGUUAUGUAUUUAAGCAGAUUUGUAUAUGCUUCCUUAUCAAGUACUGAGACAAAUUUCCCCCCUGAAUUCCCCAAAAAAACCUAACUACUUAAGUAUUGAAGUAAAAAUUUUUGUCUUACUUUCAUGAAGAGCAGGCAUGGAGAAAUGACCCCCAAAAAGAAAUUCCCUUUGCCUCCCUUUUGUAAACAGCAGGUUUUACAUAAUAACCUCUAAAAGAAGCUGGAGUGUAACUAUAAUAAUUUAUCUUGCUUUUGAAUUCUUUAGACAUAAUUAAGCACCAAGAUCAUUGAU